AUAUACGUUGAGCCUUUAAGAGAGCAGACAUUACUAAUAUCAAACAUGGGUGUCUAUGUACCACCACCUGAUGAUAAUGAUCCUAAAAAGAAUCAGAACCAAAAGAAUAGUAAUUCCUCACCUGCAUCAGGCUCCAAUUCCUCAUCAUCUCCAUCGGGGUCAACUACGAUCAUAAUACCCAACCCAGUUGCAUUAAUACCUCGUAAUCCCAGCGUUGGUCUAAUAUGGGGACCGUUGAUGCCUGCGUCGGAUAACCGUCCUGCGCUAUAUGCAUCCAUCGGUGCCCAAUUCUUGCUUGGACUCGCCAUGUUUAGGCAUGCGCGGGGAUUAUUCCGUCUUCAACCUAUUGCCACUGGCUUGAACACACCUCCAGUCAUGGGGAGACGUGGCCCAUUGUGGAGAGUACUAUUGUCUGUUGUCACGGGGUCUGGAUUAGUGUUUGGAAGCGGAUUGGAAUUGAGUCGUAUGACAUUGCCGUACGACCCGUGGUACGAAGAGGCGCAACACUAUCGCAAAGUUGCAACUAAACAAGGUGAUAAACCAAGCGCUUGGUUUGGUGCAUACAAGUAUUACCGUCCUAUGGACUUGAACACCUGGAUUAACAAAGUCGGGGACUGGAUCAAGAAUGUCGAGAAGGAGAUUGAGGAUCCAAAUCACAUGUCAAAUGUGACGCUUGAAUUGGGGAAAAAUAGUAAUGUAAUUGUCAAUAAACCAGUAGCUGGUGGAAUAUUGAGUAAGUUGAAUAAUAAGGGCAAAUAUCAAGAGAUUUAUAAUAAAUUGCAAGAGUCAAAUGUUAAUCGAAGGAAACAAUUGCUUGAACUGGAGUUAAAGGAUGUUGUUGAGUUGAAUAAGGCUGAUAGAUUGGAUGCGAUAUUAGAAGGAACUUCCGAUUUGAACGACCCAGACUAUUCCAAGCCUAGCAUUCAAUUGGGUAAUCAUAGUUUGGAAACCGAUGACGAUUUGGAAAUGGUUUGGUUAAACUUUGAACCUUGGGACGAGUUGAAAUUGGAAACAGACUAUGAUAUUAGAUUAAUACCAAGGUGUCUGGUAGCAGGCAAGCAUUCCGAAUUAGUAGAGGCCACAGCUACAACUAGAGGUGUACCGUCUUCCGGUGACGAAGAAAAUACUCUUACUUCCAGUUGAUUGUAGAUAAACAUUCUAUAUACAGUAUUUAAAUAUAAUUUAUUUGAGUUCUUUCUCAUCACUUGAUUUUUCAAUUAAUUCAUCUGCCCAUUUUAAAGCACCAGCAUUAUUGCCACCACCUUGCAAUUGAGGUUUAUGAUAUUGUUGGAUAUGAUCCUUCCAUGCGAUUUCAGCUGGAUCUUGAUCAGGUUCCACCCAUUCAAAUCCAUCACCACCGCUCAUCCAGUAUGCUUGGAAUGUAAGAUCUUCCAAGUUAUCCUUAGCCUCAAGCAAUCUAAUCUUGUUCCCUUCUCUGUCAUAACCUGGACUCAACAGGUGAGUAACUCCAUGGGCACCGAUAGGAGCUGGCCGACACAAUUCCUCGACAAUUUCCGGAUUAUUCUGUCCACCAUUCAAGUCACGGUCAGCCUCCAAGAUUUUAGCGCCAAACAACAUUUCGUCAGCAUGCUUGAACCAAUGGGUGUAGAAUGUUCCCUUUUGCCAUGUAAGAUAAUCUCCACCGGCACUAGUCAUUUGUCUUCCGAAUUUCACAAUACUUACCAAAAAAGUCGAGUUUACUAAGUAGGUCAAUAGCACCGAAUUUAAUGCUACUAUAUGUUGCCAAGCUGGGGACACCAUUCCCGUUUCAAUCGCGGUGUUUAUUCCGAGUUUUGUAAGAAUGGUGAUACCGGCUGCGGAUCCAACCAAUUUAAAGAAACCCUUCUUCAAGAUAUCUUGAUUCUUUUUUAUAUAGUUUGGAUGGCCAACUGUGACAUCGGAUACUUUGAUGGCGCGGAAGAAAUCUCCAUUGAAAAGAGCGUUUCUUAAUGCAACCAAAGCGGUUUCCUUGUCAAUUACGGCAUCUGGGUUAAGGCGGUAGUAGUGGUUGAUCAAUUUGAGGUUGAGUUCAGUAGGCAAAUUCAAAAGUAAAAUUUCUUUCAAUAAUUCACUGGAGAAUUGCACGUCCUUGGAGAAGACUUCAUCAAUUAUUUGAAGACAAUCUUUGGUGAGUUUUGAUUUGGAAUCGAGUUGGUCUUGUAAGGGAUAACUGUGCUGCAACAUUUUAAAUGCUUUUAAUGCGCUUAUAAUUGUUUCAUUGGUGGAUGAUGAGGUUAUUGUUUCAUUUACCUUUUGGGAUAAUUGGUUGAAAUCUUGGACAUAUGCAAAUGGAGAUGCUGUGGAGUUCCAUCUCAAAAGUGAUACUGGCUUUACUAUUUGACAACGGAAUAAUGUCCUGUUCCUGGGUAUUAUUCGUAUCAUAUUGUUAAUGCUGUAGUCUAUUUACUAUGGUACUGCUUUGGAU